AGAUAAGCUUAUAAAAAGAUGCACCUUUUAUUUUACUCAUCUCCUAGAUACCCAGAUUCUUAGAUAGGUUUAUUCUAAUGACAGACUAUUAAACUUCCUCUCUUAAAGAACUUCAUCUCUUCAUCUUGUAACCAUGAAAUCUGAGCAACCUUAAAUGAAAGAUCUUUUUCUUUGAGAAUAAGAUCCUGUGCCAAAUAUCUUUGAAGAAGUCAAUUAGAUUUGACAAUCGGACUAAUCCAGUGUUAAACCCUUAGACAAAAGGGAAUUGUACCUCAUUGAUGUAUUUUCCUUAGUAAAUUGCCCCUCUGUUUUUGAUUGGGUUUUGAUAGAUAUAAGACCAUUUUUAAAGCCCUUGUCCACUUUUAGAAGACUGAAUAUACACAUAUAAAAAGGGAAGAAAAUUAAGGGUAUGUUUUUACAUUUCAGUUACGUUUGACACAUUUUUAAUGAAACUACAUAAUAGUUCAAUCUGCCUCCUGCCAUCCCCUCACUGUAAUGAUGUAAACAUUUUACCAGGUAAAUACAUAGGGCUAAAAAUAUUAUGAACCUAAUUCUAAUUCAUUCAAUGGAUGUUCUACAACUUAAGCAAUGCUUUAUUUGAAUACACACUUCUAAAUUUUCAUUAUGAAAUAGUUGCAAAUAGGUAAUCAAUGUUAUUAAUGCUACUAUUUAUACAGAAAAGUAUAUGCAGGCACUGAGCUAAACACAUUACAUGUAUAUACAUUUAAUCAUUAGACAUAGAACUUUUCCGUAGUUUCCAUUUCCUUUAGAAAGUACUUCCCAAAGCAAGAAUACUGGAUCAAAGGGGGUGAACCAUUCUGAGGAGACUUCUAGGGUGAAGUAGGGCAUUUUAUCAGAAGUCAUAAGCAUUCCUGUUUCUACAUUUACCAUUGGGUGUUUUCAUGCAUAGUUUCUUUAAUAAAAUAUGUAACAUGCCAAUCUUCAAGUAGACAUUCAGAAUUCUUUAUUAUAGGUUCCACCAGUUGCACAGGAUGAAAACAAGAAUCUAGUAGUCUACAGUUUCCAGAGACAAUAUCUCUCAUAAGAAUAAAAGUCUAAAACUAAGAGCUACUAUCUCCUGGAUAUUCCACUCCCUGAAACAUGUUCAUAUCUAACAAUGCCUGCUUGGUGCCUAGUUCUUUCUGGCUUACUGGAAUUCCAGGGCUGGAGUCCCUGCACAUCUGGCUUUCUAUCCCCUUCAGCUCUAUGUACCUGGUGGCUGUGGUGGGGAAUGUGACCAUCCUGGCGGUGAUAAAGAUGGAACGCAGCCUGCACCAACCCAUGUACUUCUUCCUAUGCAUGUUGGCUGUCAUUGACUUGGUCCUGUCAACCUCUACCAUGCCCAAACUGCUAGCUAUCUUCUGGUUUGGUGCCCGCAACAUUGACCUGGAUGCCUGCUUGACUCAGAUGUUCUUCAUCCACUGCUUUGCCACUGUUGAGUCAGGCAUCUUCCUUGCCAUGGCUUUUGAUCGCUAUGUCGCUAUUUGUGACCCAUUACACCACACCUCAGUGCUCACUCAUGCAGUGGUGGGUCGUUUGGGCCUGGCUGCCCUCCUCCGUGGAGUACUCUACAUUGGACCCCUACCUCUGAUGAUUCGCCUGAGGCUGCCCCUUUACCGGACCCAAAUCAUUGCCCAUUCCUAUUGUGAGCACAUGGCUGUAGUCACCAUGGCAUGUGGUGACACAACAGUCAACAACUUUUAUGGAAUGGGAAUUGGCUUCCUGGUAUUGAUCUUGGAUUCAUUAGCCAUCACUGUCUCCUAUGUGAUGAUUUUCAAGGCUGUAAUGGGAUUGAGCACCCCUAAGGCUAGGCUUAAAACCCUAGGGACAUGUAGUUCUCAUAUUUGUGCCAUUCUUGUCUUCUAUAUCCCCAUUGCUGUUUCUUCUCUCACUCACCGCUUUGGACAUGAUGUGCCUCCCCAUAUCCAUAUCCUUUUGGCCAACUUUUACCUCCUCAUCCCACCCAUCCUCAACCCAGUUGUCUAUGCUGUCCGUACCAAACAGAUUCGAGAAAGAUUUCUCCACAUCCUUAAGGCAGAGUCUCAACCCAAGUGACUGUUCUGCAUCUGUGGGGCAUACAGAUACUUACACAAAAAGGUUCUGACUGGGGAAGCCAAUGAAAUAACACCCAUGCAACUAGGUCUUUCCCGACUUGUGGAGAUAAGGGUCUAAGAAGAAUACUAGAAUAUAUUCCAUUUGACUAUGGAUUUUCUCAGUGGAGAGAAUAUCUGAAUGGGGGAAAUCAGGGCAUGAGUUCUUACAUAGUAUCCCUUUUCAUAUUCAACUUCAUAAAACUAUAAGACACAAGCAUGCCAACCACAGGAGUAAGACUAUUUCUAUCUUUGACAUUUUCUGUAAAGGAUUUCUAGUUUCUUUUUGGGAUAUGUUUUGCACAACUUGUAGAAGAUAAAAUUAUACCCUAAUACCUUCUUGAAGACAGUUUGCAAAUUGUUAGUAAAGACCUUGAAAAAUUCAACUGCAUUAGCAAUCUUUUUCUAACACUUUUGGCUUGCCACAGAAAAGACCUUUUGUUGAGGAUGGAGGCAACAUGAAUGUGGGAAAUCUUAAUCUAAUAGGUUUUGGACUGGACUUCACCGCCUAUAGGAGUUAAUCAUCAAGCCAGGUCAUUCUUCCAUCUAAAUAAAUGUAAAUGCAAUAUCCCACAUCUCCUCUUAAUAACUAAUUGAAAGACAGAAGGACAUUAGACUUUUGUUUUAGAGGCUUUGAGAUGGUCGUGAAGGACAGUAGCUACACUGAAAUAAUGACAAAAAGGGAAGAAAGUAACGGUGGGAUUAUUGACAGGAAAGAAGUUAGGUAGAGAAUACAGUAAAAGUGAUGAGAUUAAGCGAAGACCCAGUGGUAGAUACAAACCAGGAAAUAACUUCAGAUCCUUUUGGAAAAUUCUUGGUUUAUUUUGUUAUGAUUAGACCCUUUUUAAUCAUAUAAGUUAGAUGAUUACUUCAGGCUAGAAACCUACAAGAAUUUUGUGGUUAUGCAUGAAAAAGAAAGCAAUUCCCAAUUCUAGUGAUUCAGAAUUAUGGUAUAUCCAUUUUAGUUCUGAAAUAUUUUAGACUUUAAGUCUAAAAUGCUCAUUUACCCUCAGUUUACAAGCCAUUACAAAAUCUAAAGUGACUUACCUUAGGUUAAAAAUAAAUCCUCUUAAUAUUUUGAAAGUAUAAUCUAAAGAAGCCAAUGAUAAAGCCACAGCAAUAUUCAAACCUCCUAUCAUCCAAAAAUUUUUCAAGGAAAACACAAAUUUUUAUCUAGCUAGGGGUUUAAACUAAAAUUUAGAAGAGAGUUUGCGAUAUUAUAUUUCCUCAGAAUCCUAUGCCUGACGCUGCUUAGAGCAUAUUGAUUUUCCUCCAUUGUUUUUGGGUGAGGCGUGCUUAUUCCCUCAUCUCCUUAUCAAGGACUCUGAAGUCCAGUGCCAAACCCAAGUUCACCUAUUUUAGAAAAGUUAUGUUCUAUGAACAUAAUUUUGGUGCCAAAUAUAAUAUACCCACUGAUAUUUUUAAAAUAGUUGAUUAAAAGAUAAUAUAGAAGCCUCAGAGCUAAAAGUUUGUUUUACAGAAUUAUCUCCUGACCAUAACCCUGGGCUUUGGAGAAAAUUAAGAAAAAUUAUGCCCAAAUCCUUCAGUGGUACCAAUGCUGAAGGGAAUGAAAAGAAACCUUCGUCAUAGAAUAGUUCUUUGGCAUAUUGUAUAAAGUCCAUGAUUUAUGCUACAUAAAACAGUGUGUAUGGAGAUCCAGGACUUUUAUUCAGGGUUUAAUUGCAUACAGCAGGGUUAGUACAAGAACUUUAUAGCCAAACAAUCUCAGAUAUACCACAAUAUGAUAUUUCUAGAUGAUCUUCCAUGUCUACCAAUGUCCAAAACCAAAUACCAAGCAUCUCCAACUUCAUCCCCCUAUGGCAUUGAAUGAGAGCAAAAAGGAGAAAAUACCACGUGGAUGGGUGCUCCCACUCCAUCCAGGGACAACCACCCAUGACAACACCCAUACCUAUCAGACUCAGGGUUGAGCUGAGUUACAGUAAAGCAUUUAAUUCCAUUGUCAAAUGUAGUCAUGUCUGGGCUUUCAUGGACUUUCAUGAAGGUGUGAGCUCAGAGCAUGAUGGAAGGGAAUGUACCCUCGUGAAUACAGGAUAGGGACAUGACAAAUAAGUCCAAUAAUUGAACAUCUUAUUCAAAGUCAAUUUCCCACAAAUCUUCUGGAGAGAAGAUUCUCUACUGGAUUCUCUGGUACUGUUGAUCCACUGAGAUUUGUAAUCCCAUUUCCACAGGACCCUGGCAAGGAUUGUUUACUCUGUAUCCUUCUAGUUCUCAUUCCUUUGCCCCAGUAACAGGGCUGUGUGCAAAGUGGUCAGAGUGGCCACUCUUAUUUUCUUUCAGCCAACCUCUUUGUCUCACUUGUGCCUCAGGAAUGCUUAGGAUCCACUUCAACACCAGUUGGAGCCUUGAGAGCCAAGGAGUAAAAGGCAUGGUUCCAACUAAUGUCCUUCCUCCUGCCAGGCACAUAGGGUCUUUGUGCCUAACUUAAUCUAAAGCCAGAAAAAUAAGCCUGUUCUGCCAGAUCAGAUACCCCAUCACAUUUUUUUUCAGAUUGGAUGCCCUUAUAAAUCUUUUGUCUUUCUGGAUCAAGGCUUUUGAACGUAAAAGCCAAGAAUCUUCUGUCCUGUUAGAAAGGUAAAAUAGAAAUCCCUGACUGUUCGGAUUUUCUAUGACUGGAUUCUAGAAUUGAGAAUUCUAGAAUUGAGCUUGAGAAGUGGCUCUGCAAAAUAUUAAAUAAAAACCUAAGAUCUGAGGGAUCUAUACCUCUGGAAGUCUUGCCUGACAAGCACAAAUCUUCUUGAGAGUAAUAUGGUUGUUCACAUUUUUCUUCAGCAAUGAGGGAAACCAACUUACUUGAUUCAAAUGAAACCAACACUAUCCAAGUAUAAAAUUUAUUAUGUUGCUCACAAUUGGAUAAGAAUCUUGCAAGGACUCAUUUUCAAGAAAUAUCUUCAGGUCCAAUCCUUAUUUGUUAAAGUUGGAUGGAUACAAAAGUGAGAGUGAGACCUAAUCAUUCAAGCGAUACAAUCAUCUCACUGUGUGCUAUAGACAGAUUAGAUAGGCAAAUAUAGGAUAUAGGUAAGUAGACAGGUAGACUUUCCACUCAGGAGCUAAUGUUAUUCUCAACUUGAUUAGUACAAGAUUUCUCAGAUGCAUCUAAUGUUAGGACAUUGUACUGUGUCUUCCUGGCCAAGGUGGAACUGUUUCCCAGAAUUCCUUUCCCUGUGAGGUUCCUGGUUAGGGCUGGCUGAAAGGCCUAUUUCUGUGAGAUUAGAAGGCAGUGGUGAAAGAGCAACCAUUAUUUUCUAAAGGCUUGUGUAGAGUGCCCAAUGAUGCUGUAGCUCCUUCUAGCUCCCUGAUCCUAUGGGCUCACCUUGUGCGCAAGGAGUAGCCACUGAACCCACAAUUCCUUCAUCUUCUGCUGUAUCUCCUUCCAUUUAUCCAGACCCUGGGUAAGGUGUGUGCUCAGCUCCAUGGUAAAAGGUAGCUCUUUCUUCCAGUCACCUGCAUUGUAAAGGUUGGAGGCAGUGAGUGACGUGGAUUCGAGGCUUCCUCUGUAGGUUCCAAUUCAUCUUUGGGAGACGCUUAUCCUUACUCUUUACUCUUCCAGUCCACAUCCAGAUUUUCUGAGUUUUGGUCCUGCUGAAUUGUAGGGUCACUUCAGACACAUAGUCUUCCAUAUAGUUCACCAGAUCCCUUAAUUGCUUAAGGUCUAAUACCCAUAAUCAACCCCUUAUUCCAUAUCAUUCAUAGUGGUUCUGCCUUCCUAAUCAAACCAUAAUUGAUGAGCUUUUUUUUUCUAUAUCCACCCUCAUCCAGUCUAAGGCAGGAAGGAAAAUCCAGUCAGUACUACUCUAUGUACUCUUUUAGAAUAGGCAGGACCUCACUUUUACCUCUUUAAUGAUUCAUUUUAUCUUCUUGACCACUUCUGUUGCCAAUAAGAAAUUAUUCAUAGGGUUAGGAUAGCUCACUAAUAGAGAAAUGUUUUACCCUGAGACUAGAACAAAAAGUUAACAAACUAAAAGUUAAGCAUACAUGGGACAUGCAUUACUGCAACACAAGGCUUUGAGGAGAGGAUCUAUGUCAUUGAGAGGUUUCCUAUACCCGAGAGAUUACAAGGCUACAACUAAAGGGAAGCAGUGGCACAUACCGCUUAAAACUAUACAGGGGGACACCUGGGUGGCUCAGUUGGUUGAGUGUCCAACUUCAGCUCUUAUGGUUGGUGGAUUCAACCCCCACAUCGGGCUCACUACUGUCAGUGCAGACCUCACUUCAGAUCAUCUGUCUUUCUCUCUGACCCUCCCCUGCUCACACUCUCUCAAAAAAAAUAAACAUUUAAAAAUAUAGGAUUUAGUGUCAUCACAACUAUCUUUUAUCAAACAUUUUUUUUGCCACAUAUGAACCUGAGUAUAUAAGUUACUUUAUAGAAGUUAACUAAUUAAAUCCUCAAACCCUCAGAUAUAGAUACUAUACUAUUUUGAAAAUGAGGCAACUGGCUUUGGGGAAGUUAUUUAAUUUCAUGAAGGCUCAUUGACUUGGGUUUGAAACUUGGUUCCACCACUGUGUCUGAGAUCUGUUUCCACCACCAUGUUAUUACUGUACUACCACUCCCUCUAAUGGGCCAUCUUCUGUUGAGAUGAACCAAUAACCAAGAAAGAAGAAUAAUUCAACAGGGUGAUUUUUGUUUAACCAGAGGUCCUGCUGACUGCUGUAGCUUAACACAAGUGCCUCAAAGUAGAUCAGGCUCACUUACUGUCAUCUGUUUAUAGACAGUUCAGCUUUGAAUAAUUCUAUUUUGAAUUGUGUAUCAACAGGAAAGAUACUAUUCCAGUUCCUAUCUUGAUUCGAGGAGAAACUUCUUAGAGUUAAAUGACAAAUUUAUGAACAUUACUUUAACGCUUAUAGGCCAAAACUAAGAAACUAUUGGUACAGGUAAUUAUUCCACAUUGUCUUCAGGCACACCCUCUGUUGAGUGCCUCAUUAUCUUUCAAAGUCUUUUCUGGGUUAAGAAUAUAGUCUUACAUAAGAGAAAUACCUUCUUGACUGGCAGGUUUCCCCAGUAUAAAUCUUCCCGAGUCUCCCUGAACUUCUAGGUUUCUGAAUUAAUAAUUUUUGUGUGUGAAAAUUAUGUUCAUCUAUAAAACCAAGCUAUACCAUUUUGUGAUAAUUUUUAUUUUUUUAUGACAUUUAUUGGUGGUUUCCAUACAACACCCAGUGCUCAUCCCAGCAGAUGUCCUCCUCAAUGCCCA